UGUACCUUCCUGUAUAUCAACCCUGACUCUGCCAUGAGUGCCUCAUCCCUGCCAUUUGUGGUUGGAGCAAACACUGUGGAAGACCAGCGGGCUCGCUGGGAGAGAAAGCGCGGCAGGACAGCCAAGGAACUGCUGGAAACAGAACACAAAUACCUUGAGCAGCUGGAUUUGGUGCUCACAUACUUUGUGACAAUUUUAAAGGCCAAAGGGACGCUGAAACCUGCUGUGUUGGAAACUAUAUUUGGACCCCUGGAGUCCUUAUAUUCAGCCAGCCAUGUUCUGUCACUUCACCUGGAGAAAGGGAACCUGGGACCAGGACUGGAAAGUUUUUGUCAGAGUCUGGAUCUUUAUGGCCACUAUGCUGAGAAUUUGGAGCAGGCAAAUAAAACAUUGAAGGAGGAAGUGAGGAAAAAUAAGUCAUUCCGGCAGUUUAAGAAACUCCAGGAGACUCGACCUCAGUUUCAAGGGAGGGAGCUAGAGGAUCUGCUUCCUUUGCCCCUGCAGAGGCUGCACCAGUACAAGCAUUUUUUCAGAGACCUGCUGGAGAACACCAGCCCAGACACUGCUGAGUACCAGAAACUUGCAAAGACUGUGAAAUCUGUUUGUGAGGUAUCUCACUGGGUCCAAGACAUCUUUGAUACGAGAGAGAACUCCUUGCAGCUUCUUCGGAUUCAGAAAUUGCUCAAAGGACAAAAGACUCAGGUUUUGACUCCAGCUGUCUCUGUUUCCCUGGCAUACCCAGGGCGCUGGUAUAUCCGGGAAGGCUGGCUUUUGGUGGUGCCGGCAAAGGGAGAAGAACUGAAGCGCAGGAUGUUCUUCCUGUUCUCUGAUAUCCUCAUUGCAGCGAAGCCCUGCCACCCACUGCACCUGCUGAACUCCAACAAACUGUCCUGCCAGGCUGUCUACCUGCUCCACCAGUGCUCAGUGGAUAAAGUGUUUGGCCACACAUGGAGCCAGGGAGGACUCCUCAGUCUUUCCUUCCCACACAAGACACUGCUGUUGAUGUCCAGCAACCAACAAGAGAUCAAUGACUGGUACCGGAGUCUCACAGCUGCAGUCAGGCAGCUGAAAGCCUGACCCACCUGAGUACAAGGCAGACUGGCAGGACAACCACCCUCAUGGCAGAAGCUUCCACAAUCUUAUAAAAUGUUCAGGGAUGUAUAGUAGCACUGAAUUGAGGAGGACUACACACUGUGUGAGAUGAUGAAUGCUUUGUUAGCUGCCCUAAUGUUCAUAAAGAUACUGCAAAAUAUGCAUUUGUACACAAAAAAACCCUCUAUCAAGGAUUUCCCCCAAUUUAGCUUAGAAUCUUCUAGCUUUUUUGCACUUUAGUAAACUCAAGAUAACUUAAGGUCAAGCAGAUGGGAGUGUAACUUGUUUUCCCUCAUUAAAUGUUUUUUAAGAGGUAUUUUUGUAUUUUGUUAAAGCCUCAGCAUGGGCUUUUAAUAAUGUGGAAGUUGUGCAGCAGUUUGGUUCAGAAAACAUCUAUUUGAAUACGACCAACUGCAAAAAGGACAAUUUCAAGGUUAUUAGAAACAUAAAGAUUAAAGUAUGUCUGAA